AUGGCGCGAACGAACCCAAACAUUGUGGUUACGGGUACUCCAGGUGUGGGAAAGACGACACAUGCUGAGCAAUUAGCACAAGCGACGGGUUUCAAGCACAUUUCUGUAAACCAGAUUGUAAAAGACGAAGGAUUCCAUGAGGGCAAGGACGAGGAAACUGGAAGCUGGGUCGUCGAUGAAGACAAGCUCCUCGACUACCUAGAAGCUCUCCCCCUCCACUCCGACGGUGGCUACAUCCUCGACUGGCACGCAUGCGAUCUGUUCCCCGAGCGCUGGAUCGACCUCGUCAUCGUGCUGCGCUGCGACUCCACGCUACUUUACGACCGGCUAACGGCGCGCGGAUACAAGGGCAAGAAACUCGAGGAGAACAUGGACAGCGAGAUCAUGCAGGUUCUGCUAGAUGAGGCGCGCGAAAGCUACAAAGAAGAGAUUGUGGUCGAGUUGAAGAGCGAGAGCACGGAGGAUGUAGAAGGGAAUUUGGAGCGGAUAGAGGCGUGGGUGGAGAAUUGGAAGAAGGAUAAUGCUGGGAAUGGAGAGGCUUGAAGCAGCAGAGGCAUCGAGAAGAAUAAAGAUGUGAAUACU